CUCGGACCACUCCCUCAAUAAUCACUCGGACUCCUACAAUACACACGGUCGCUCUGAAAGCUUUGUGUUUCUGUGUUUUACUUUUACGCGGAGAGAGAGAGUUUUGGAAUGGCAGGCGAGGAAGUGAGCAACAAGCAGGUGAUAUUCAGGGACUAUGUCAGUGGUUCUCCCAAGGAGUCCGACAUGUGCGUGACGACAAGUAGCAUAAAGUUGAAGGUCCCCGAAGGUUCCAAGGCGGUUCUGGUGAAGAACCUCUACUUGUCCUGUGAUCCCUACAUGCGUGGCCGUAUGAGCCGGCCCCUUAUUGCCAGCUACAUCGGCUCCUUCCAACCCGGUUCGCCCAUUGGUGGGUAUGGAGUGUCUAAAGUUUUGGAUUCUGGGCAUCCAAACUUCAAGAAAGGCGACCUGGUUUGGGGAAUAACUGGAUGGGAAGAAUAUAGUCUUAUUACAGCAACUGAGUCUCUGUUUAAAAUUCACGACACUGAUGUGCCUCUCUCCUACUAUACUGGAAUUCUUGGUAUGCCUGGUAUGACUGCUUAUGCUGGCCUUUAUGAGAUUUGUUCUCCUAAGAAAGGAGAGUAUGUCUUCGUUUCAGCAGCUUCUGGGGCAGUUGGCCAGCUUGUUGGACAGUUUGCGAAGCUAUUGGGCUGCUAUGUUGUUGGAAGUGCUGGGACCAAUGAUAAGGUCAAUUUGCUGAAGAGCAAGUUUGGGUUCGACGAGGCUUUCAACUACAAAGAAGAGCCUGACUUGGUUGCAGCUUUGCAAAGGUACUUUCCAGAAGGUAUUGAUAUAUAUUUUGAGAAUGUUGGGGGAAAGAUGCUUGAUGCGGUGCUACAGAACCUGAGGGACCAUGGCCGCAUUGCUGUAUGUGGGAUGAUCUCACAGUACAACCUUGAGCACCCUGAAGGUGUGCAUAAUUUAUCAGCUCUGAUUCUGAAACAGGCCCGAAUGGUAGGAUUUCUGGCUCCCAGUUUCUAUGACAAGUACCCAAAUUAUCUUGAGUUGGUUCUGCCUUCCAUCAAAGAAGGGAAGAUUACAUACGUGGAAGACAUAGCUGAAGGCCUAGAGAGUGCCCCAGCAGCUCUGGUAGGGCUCUUCACUGGCCGCAAUGUUGGGAAACAGGUAGUGGUGGUUGCUCGUGAAUGAAUGACUUUCAGGUCCCCUGGAAGGUCAUCUACUGAAAAUGUACCUUCUAUAGGUCUUUUUGGGAAGUGUUUGGUUCUCAAAGGAGUUGUGUUUCCAUAAUAGUAAGUGUUAUGUUGUUUUUUUUUGGAACAAUAAGUGUUAUGUUGUUGUGUCCUUUAAAUCACGAAUAUAUUUGAGUUGGAAGUACUUCUGUUCCCUAUA